UAGACACCUCCAUACGCGAAAACCCUUUCCUCUGCGUGCGAAACUCUCUCGGCCCGAUAUCCCUACAGCCGGAGUCUCUCUCGCCGUCGUUUCCACGCCGUCGGCAAGCUUCUCCACUGCCGACCACCCCCCGUAGUGCACUUCUUUCACGUUUUCUUUUUUAGUUUGUCGGUAUUUUGGUUUGGUCACUCGUUUCUUUUUUUGUUUGCUUGAUUUUCUUGCCUGUUUCUUCGGAUUCCUUGCUUGGUCGCUCAAUACCUCGCUGAUCUCUCGAUAUUCUUGCUGGUUUCUUGAUAUUCUUGUUUGGUUACUUGUUUGACUACAUAAGUGAUUUCUUUGAGAAUCUUUUCUGCCUGGUUGCUCGACCUUUUCAGCUUGGUUUUUGGUUUGGUUUUCCUCAUCCGAAAAAGGGAAUUUUUCUUUGGAAUGUGCCAUGCAGAAGAGGUCUAUCAUGGAGUGUGUUGUUUGCUCACCCUUAUGCUGAGCAGGAUUCCUUUUCACAAGGUUCGAGAGAUUUGCAUUUUGCUGAGUUUUGCUUGUUGGAUGGUUUAUAUAUUUCAAACAUUAUGUUGGAAUUAUGCUAUAUAGCACAGGUUAUUGCGUGAUUCACAUACCCCAUGUUCAUGCGUUUUCCAUUUACUUAGUUCUUCAGCUGUUGACCACUUCAGUAGCGUUGCCUUAUUUGUUGGUGAUACAUGCACCUAGUUCGCCGGAAUGGCCAUGGCUAUAGUAGGUAUACUUGGUUAUUUCAGGCUUGUAUCUUUGGUCUCUUUACUGCAUUUAAGCUUGCUGCUUGCUUAUUACGCUCCUGGAUAAGGAAGAUAUGGGAGUGUAUGUGAUAGAGGUGAAAAAAUAUGCUAGGAUGCUUGCCAUGCUUCUACAUGCUUAUUAUGCUUGCUGCAUGAUUGAUAGAUCAAAGCACAUGAUUAUAAGUUCUUUGUUUAGAGAAGCUGGAAUUCUGAUAAGGCUCGUAAAAUGCAUAAGGAAGCUUUCACUUGGAGGUUUGAGUACAACGGAUUGCUAUUUAUGGUGUUGUGGAGGCUGUCUCUGCAGCUUUACUUGGCCCAGCUGUUGGAGCAUUGCCAUUGAGUGCAUAGUUUGUGAGAAAAGCGAUGUUUUCUUGCCUUCUCAUGGAAGAAAUAUGGGCCAACAGGAAAGUUAUAAAGGAUGGUUUUGUUCAGAACCUUUGCACAAUUUGAGCAUGAAGCUAGAUGACUUCAUGGAUUCUGUUGGACUAUACGUUCUGGUUCAUCUCCGGCAAACUAAUACCUAAUUGCAACAAAAAAUUUAGAAGCUUUGGAGUCAAGAAAAGUAUAAUGCCAUCUAAAGAAUGCAAGAGGAUGUUUUGUCUGCACAUAAUGAACAUAUAAAUAGUUUUCAGAACGCCUUGGAAACGGUUGCCAGGCAGCCUUUUAUCAUAUUAUAAAUCAAAGGAUCUUAUCGAAUCCCAUAUGAGAUCAGAGAAGAGUUUGCUAUAGCUCAUAAUGCUUUAUCUAUUUUUAUUUCUU